AAACAUCGGAUAUUCUGUUUCUAUAAUGUUGAAUAAAUUGAAAGAAUGUUUCUCAGUGUGGGUUCAGUCAUUGAACAAAGGGUGGAGGCACGCAUGCGUGUUACGAAUCUACCAGUUGGGUUGCUAGAUGUAAUGUUAAAUAAUUUAUGAAGCUAAAAUAGGGAAAGAUACAAAGAUUCAGCAAAGUACCGUAUAGUAUUCUAUUUAUAUAUGGAAAAAUAAACUAUUUUAACAUGUUUUUUCUUCGUUAUAAUUCACACAACAAAAGUUGUUAGCACUACAAUAGGAAUAACAAGAACAUUUCAUGAUAUAAAUUUACCUUAAUUAAAACAUUUUAAACACACGUGAGCCCUUUAUUAAAGAGGUUUUCAUAUAACGAAACUCUUUUGGAAACUUGUAGAAAGCUCGGAACUUGCAACCCAAAUUUAAUUGGAGGGGUGCUGUCAAUCUACCAUUGCGUGUUCCGCCUGUGUGGGGAGGUGUCGCGUUGUGUUGUGACGGUGUGCGCGGUCGCGACGUUCGACGGUAUGGCGCUGUGGCCCAUGUCCCUGGUGACUCAGUAGUGUGGCACGCGAGCUAGCGGCCGCUGUUCUCUCAGUGUCCAUGCGAGUGCAGUGCCGGCACGAUGAAGUGGCGCGCGCGCGCGAUUCCUUCCCGCGCCAAAGAACGCGCCAAUAUCAGUUUCUUCAUCUUCAUUAUGUUCUUUGCGGUGUUCGGUGUGAUAGUUCUGACUGAGUUAUUGCUACUGGAGCGACCUAGCUUGCCCGGCUCGGCGCGAUCACAUGAGGAACUGCAGGGAUGGGAGGGCCGGACAGAGGUCGGAGGCAGCGAAGGUGGUGCACCUCCGCAGGCGGCGCAUCUGCCGCUCGACGCCGUGUGGCAGCCUGUCGGUGGCACGAGGUUCAGAUUCUACGUGUACUCCGCGUACGUGGAGCGGCGCACGGUGGCCGCGGUGCGUAUCAUCGCGGCGACCAAGACUAGAGGCGCCGACCCCGUCUCCUGCCGCCUCUGGUUGCACGACAACCGCACCGUCACGCUCAAGGCCAGGGUUAAGGCGAUCCGCGAGAACUGGAACUUGAAAUACAGCGCCACGUACGUGCUAUGCCUGCUGCGGAACACCGGCGUGAAGCCCCAGGACACGGUCGGAGCGUCGAUCUCGGUCCUCGCCAGUAACGCGCCCAACCGACCGGCUACCAACCUCCUCACCAUACUGGACACGGAGCCGCGCGCUGGGAUUGAGGACACGAUGCAUGUGUGCGUGAAACCGUUCCACUUCUCGUACGCGCGCGACGAGUGGCUGGUGGAGUGGUUCGAGAUGAAUCGUCUGCUGGGCGCGAGCCACUUCUACAUGUACAACGAGUCGUUGAGCGCGCCGGUGGGCUGCCUGCUCGACCACUACCGGCGGCAGGGGCUCGUUACGCUGCUGCCGUGGAAACUGCCUAUCAUCUCCAAGGUGGAAAUUAGGACGGAGGGUCAGUUCGCCGCGUUCAACGACUGCCUGUACCGGUCGAUGGCAGCCGCAGGCUGGCUGUUAGUGGUGGACGUGGAUGAGGUGGUGGUGCCGCGGCGCGAGCGCACGCUGCCUGCGCUGUUGGCGGCGCUGCGAGCCUCAUACUCGCCGCCUUCUAAGGCACCCGGAGCAUUCCUGUUUAGGAAUGCGUUCUUCUAUCUGCGGUGGGAGGACGACUCCGAGGCCCGCGCGCCGCUGGUGACGGCGCGCAAGACGCGGCGCUGGGCGACGCCGCACGCGCUCAAGAACCGCAGCAAGUACGCGCUGCGGCCGCGCGACGCCGUCGAGCUCGGCAACCACUUCGUGUGGGAGCUCGCGCCCGGCGCCGCCGCCGCCGGCGUGCCCACCGACCGCGCGCUGCUGCACCACUACCGGAUCGCAUGCGAAUUCGGCGGCAUGAACUGCCUGACCGUGCCUUCUACCGUGGACCGCACCGCGCACCGCUGGACCGAGGAGCUGCAGCAAAGGGUCGAGGCAGAGAAGAAGACCCUCUCUACCGUCUGCCCCGCGUAAACACGGGCUCUAAAUUACAGUUACAGUUGAGUCACUCACGGCCGAAAACAAACGCAAUAACUAAUUGCGUAUCAACGAAUAAACCAAUAAGAAUAAGCCACAAAAAAUCUUUAUUCUGAUUGGUGCAUUUGAACGUAACGAACGAUCGUAAUGAACCAAUCAAGAUAAAGUUUGUUUGACAUGCACAUAAAUUAUUUCAAAUUUCUUAGUGAAAAAUUGUUGGUUUAUUUACAAUUUUGGACUUUCGGUCAGAACUUGUAUAUGGGCGUUAUUUGCCAUUAUAAGGUUAAUUUUAUGUGUCAUAAUACGCUUAUAUUUGCGGAGUAAAGAAACUAUUAGAACGGACAUAUUAAGUUAAUCUUUUGUUACGCCUUUACGACUAAGAGGAUUUUGCAAAGGCUUCGCAAUUGACAUACCAAAAUAAUAGAGCGAGCGUCACCAGACAUAACGCUGCGUGCGUGAGAAAGAGAAGGCGCGAUAACUACGUCACGCCCCCACUUUUGGUCACAACAAUAUUUCAAAUAUUAACUGUUUCAUUCUUCCAUUCAUAUUGAUACUGGUUAACAAAAUAUUUUUUUAAUAAAACAAUUUAUAAAUUCAAACAGGAAACUACCCCACUACAGAAUUCUAUUGACUCUUUCUAGUACAAAUAAAAGUCAAAUAUGCUAUACAUUUAUAAUCAAACUGAAUCUCAUUAAUAUAAGACGUCCUACAUCUGUAAAGUUUUCAACAUCUUAUGACCAGUAUUUGAACCCAUCAUACCUUAAUUCUGGGUCGGCAGAAUAUAUUCUGUUAGCCAAGAUCAGGGAUGGCGAACCAAUGGCACGCGUGCCAGUGGUGGGACGUGACCAAAAUAAUUCGGGCACGCGAGUAACAUGCCAAAAAUUUUACAUAUCUUCUUUUGGACUUCACUUCGUUUAGCAUCAGGUGCAGGAACGGCAUCCUGUCUAACACCGAUAAAAAAAACAUAGUUGGGUCAUAAAAAAAGUGGCUAAAGAAGGGCACCCGGAUAAAUAAAAGUGCCCCUGAGUGGCAUGUUACAGUCCAUAUAUAUUUUUUUUAAUAAUGGCAAAUUAUCCAUUAAAGUUUGCCAUCCCUGCCUUAGAUGGUCAGUUCGGGUACCAAAGAUGUUACAUUAAGACAUACAGAUACUAAUAGUUUCUUUAUUUUGCAAGUAAAACCACUUAAUUAAAAUUAUUUAGUAAGUCUUACGUUCCUGUAUAUUGAGCAUAAUACAUCUAAACCAACCAUACUCAACCUUUUUUUAAGGCCACAAACACGUUUCGGCCUUGAUGCGCGAGCAGCAAAAAAUAUUUAGAUGUUAAUAAAAAAAAAAAAACAAAAUUGGCGAUGUAUUUAUUUCAACAAAAAGGUGAUCAUAAACCCAGCUAUACAAUAAAUGAUUUUCUGAUAGGUGCGAAAUUUAAACUUUCCCCCUUAUUCAUAGACGUUAUUUAUCUAAGGACGGAGCAUUGCUGUGAUAACAAGUCUGUUUCUCAGUUUUGUUUAUUUGACAGCUUGCUGUUUGUUCAGCUUUGUUUAUCUGACAGCCAACUAGUUCAAGUUGUAAAUAUUAGCCAAUUACAACGGCCCUAUGUCUACGCACUACCAAGACUGCCAUGCCGUCAGCACUGAGAAAUAGACUUGUUAUCACAGCGAUACUCCGUCCUUAGAUAAAUAACGUCUAUGAAUAAGGGGCUUUGCCUGUAACUCCAGGUGGGCCGCAGGUUGAGUAUGGCUGAUCUAAACUAAUUCGAUUAAGUAUAUCUAAGUUUUAUAUCAACGGUUGAAAGGCUAAAGACUUAAGCGGCAUUUUUUACGACGCUAAGCUCUAUACAUAUUUAAAAUCAGCACUUUUUCUACACACUCACACACACACACAACAUCACCCAUUUAUUUCCGAAGGGUAUGCAGAGACGCAACCAGGGCACCCAUUUUUCGCCAAGUGUGUUCCGUCCCAUGAUGCGAUAGGGGGCGAGCCUAUUGCCAUAUCGGGCACAAAUUCCAGACUCCGGGUUGAUAUUGAGCAAAAAAACCUUAAUAUCACCAUGCCCGACCCGGGAUUGGAACCCAGGAACUCAGACCGCUGUCGUACCGCGCAUGCAGUACUACGCCACCAAGGCACUUUCUAUAUUUUUUUAAUCUAAAAUUUUCAAAUGUCGCUUAAGUCAAUCAGCUUUUCAACCAUCAAUAUGGAUUUAUAAUACCUGUUAAUUUUUUAUAUUUACUCGAAAUUACAUAAUAAUUCGUACAACCCUUGAUCUUGAUUUGAUAAAAAUAUUGCCCCAAAUAAUUUCAAUGUCAUACGAAAACGGACCAUAUUUACUUUAAGUGCAUCAAGUACAAUUAAUAAGAUUGUUAUUUAGACAACGGAAUGAUGAUUCGAAUUGUGCCAUGACAUUUUUGAUCCCUACCAACAUUAAUUGUAUGGAAUAUGUCAUUAUAUUUACCAAUUGGUAUUAUUGUAUAAUUUGCAUAAAUACGUGUGUACGAUGAAUGUAAGGUAUAAGAACAAUAACAUUGAAUUUCAUCGAUGUGUAGUCACAAACCUAUCAAUUGUCUGAAUAUUUAUGAAGAUAUUUUGUAAAAUAUUUAAGAAACCAAAUCGUCUUGUUUUCACAAUCUUCCGUGAACUUAAAAGAGAAUUUACGCCCAUUGCUAUUCCUGGCAUCCUAGCAGGGUCGCCAUGUAAUGAAAGGAUCGAUAUAUGUUGAGAUGUGUUGAUGAUUUCAGGUUCUUUAUUGGGCUGCUCUCAUUAUACUAACUUAGUACAAUACGUUACAUAGCUUAUAUACUAAGUACACACACUACACUAUAAAAGCAACCCUAACACAUUCCUCCCGAGCAGUAGAAGUAAACAUAUAUUCGACAUCAUUUAAGCCUAGUUCGGACUGUAAUAUUUUAGUCGAGUCGUGAAUGAUUUAGUAACUUAAACUGUCUGAACACCGAACAUUUUGUCGAGUUUAUUAUUAUACAUAUUUAUUUAAGGUGGUUGUAUAUAUUAUAUCCACCCGGAUACUAACUGUACACAAGGUGUUAAAACCCGCCAUAGUGGCACACGUAAGUGUCGCGUUCCGGGAUCAGCCUGUGUAUAUCCUGUUCCAAAAGGCCUGCAUAAUUGUGUCGACUGCCGAGGGGUAAUCAUCUCUCAUUAGUCGACAUUAAAUUGGAUUGGACCAAACUCUAUAUACCAUUAGCUGCAUUAGGGUCACUUUACAGUGCACGAAUAGAAAAAAUAACUAAAUUACUUACUUACUUACCUAAAAUACGUAGGUCGAACUAGGCUUAUUAUAAACUUUGUUUUAUAAAUGCAGGUUCAAAAAUCCAAGCAUCUUGUCUUGUGCAGUUUUUACUAAUAAAAACAUUGUUAUGUUUGAAUGUUUGGUUGUUACGGGUGGAGAAGCCGCAAUGUUGAUUACAAACAGCUUUUGAUCGAAUAUUAACAACAUAUCGCGGCCGAAUUCUAUAAUACGCGGUUAAUGGAAUAUGAAAAAAGUUUUUUUAUUGCUUUGAACGUCAAGAAAUACGACGGCCCAUAAACAGUAGGAACACCAUCCAAUACCUUGAAUUACAAAAUAUUGUUCGGUAUUCCACUGCGCUCGCCAUCCUGAGACAUGAGAUGUUAAGUCAUAUUAUGUCCAGUAGUUACACUGGCUACAAUGUCCUUCAAACAGGAAUAUAACAGUGACUACACACUGCUGCUUAGCGGCAGAAAUAACAAACAACGGUAUAAACACAUUACUUUUUUGUCGAUAUUUUAUGUUUCGUAGCCGUUAUUCCCUUUUGGGUUAAUUUUUGAAUGUAUUUUUUUUAUACUGAACACCGACUAAUCACUUACGCGGUAUUCUUCAGUUUUUGUGAAACAAUUUACCCUAACAGCAUAUUACAGCACUGAUUAUUUUUUUGCUAUCUUUACAACAGUUUUGACUAAAUAAUUUUGGUCCUUAACCAUAAACCAGCUCUUUUAGUUUAAAAAAAACUAAGAUAUCCUAGCAAACUAAUUGAUGUGCAUUUUAAUCACAUUUUAGUGAUUAGCUCAAUAUCAAAUCAGUAUUAACUUUAGUUAUCAAAGUUACUUCCAUUCCAUUACUAUGCGUGGCAACUCAUAGCUACAAGUUACUAUGGGUGUUCAAAGGAUCAGUACCCACAGCAGUAAAAUAUGUAAAAAAAAAAUACACGUUACUAUGGCAACAUUAGAAUCAAUAACGCGCUAACUGAAAUCCUGGUGUUGCAAGCGUUUAUAGACUUUGGCAGCUUUAACAGGUGGUCUAUUUUCUGAUUAGCCACCGCAAUGGUAUAAAUUAUUAUUUGAAAUAGUAUUGAUGUUGUAAAAAAGCGAUGUAUUGUUGCGAAAUAAGCCUUUAAAUAACUAUGAAUAGAAUUGUUUAUCUCGGUGGUUCCCAAUGUUUACUGUAUCGCGACCCAUCUAACAAAAUCUUGCAAAUUCUGGAUAAUUAUUAUUGGCUGUUAUGAAAUACAAGGAGUGGUGUUAUAAUAAGAAUUUUAGUUGAUUUUUAAGUCCAUUAGGGCCCAUCCAAGAUUCCUUUGCUUUCCAGACGUUCGCGAUGCAAAGUUUGGGAAAUGCUGAUUGAACCUUAAAACAAUUAGGAAAUAUUGACAUUAACAAAAUAAAUUUAUUUGAAGAUAAAGGAAUAAAAUUUUUGGAACAAAAAAAUCUACCAAUUUUAUAUGAAUAUUCAAGGAUAUAUUGGCCUAAAUGCCAUAUAUUCAGAACCGUAAAAAGCAUGAAACACUGGACUCUGAAUUCAUACGCCAUUGUAAAAUGUCAUAAUUUUGGUCAUAAUAAUUAGAAGUAACGACCUGAUUACAUUUAAAAAAUUCGAACCAAUGUAUGUAUGGUAAUGUGAGAUCAUAUAAACGUAGCAAAUCAUGCUUAACACUGUACAUAAUAACAUAAACCUUGUAAAUAUCGUACUAAUAAAAUGUUAGAUGUACCAAUGUUAAAGACAACUCACACUAUUAUAAAUAUAAUUAACAAUAGUCACAAUAUAUUACAGAAAAUAUCACUUAUAAAGUAAAGUUUAUUAAAUAUGCUGUUGAAAAUAUUUAUGACAAAUGUAUACCUAAAUAUCAUUUUACUAAGAGCUUCAUAUAUAAUUGAGUUAUAAACCAUUUUCUUUAAGAUCAUUCUACUCUACUCUAUUCCUAUUAUCUUUCCAUUAAUAUUAAAUUAUUGUGUAAACACAUUUCUUUUAUUGAUUAUAAUAACUUAAAAUGUAAGUGUGAGUUAUCUUAACACCUCUGUAUUAAAAUGAUAGAACACAAUGUGUUAAUUCGUUUUGUACUAUGAAAUGUUGUUUAGCUAUUGUCAAGUUUGCAUUGGAUGUUUGUUUAUUGUUUUGAUAUCUAUAAAAAUAAUCAUUGGGCAGUCAGAUAUUUGUGAGGAUGAGUGUUAAAUAAUAUAAGCAGGUUGUUGGCCUGAUAAUGCAACCCCUGCCCAAAAAUAAUAGCAAUUUUGUGGAAUUUAACGUACUCAGAGGUCUUGGUAAAAAUGCCUACUAUACUAAGAUUAUACUUUUCUAAAAUCGUGAAUGGUAAUAGAAAACAAAAUUAAUGUAUGGGAAUGAAAUAUUCUAAUGCAUAGAUAAGAAAAAAAUAUGAAUAAAUAUCCUAGCUGAAUUUCGGCCACGGCGGCUAACCACAGAGAUCAACCAGGUACGCAGGAGAUGUUAUAUUGUACAAGUGUGUGCGCAAUAUACAGGUGCACUCUCUGUUCACUCUCAUAGUUCGGUGAGACGGUAAUCUGCGAUCAGGUGGACUAAAAACUAUAGAAAGAGAAUAGAAGAGAAACGUUAGCAUCUUGCCUAAGGCCUCUUAUGAUUCAGAGCGUAUGUGGGUUGAAGACCAACAACAAUAAUGCAAUUUAAAAUUAAUAAAUUUUAUGUAUAAGUCGAUCAUUUUGAGUACAUAUAUUGUAUAAAUUGUAUAUUAUUUAAUAUUUUACAUGCAGGUUAAAUUUUACUGUUGCUUUAACCGUAUGUGGUCAAAAAUCAUCGUGUAGUAUUAUAUGUAUAUAUUCGGUCAAAUAUCCACUAGCGUUUCAUUGGAAACGCGUUUAAAAAUUGCUCGAAUUCGGCCAAAGUUUUCGGUCACCGAAUAAGCCAUUACUCAUGGAAUUGAACGAAAUAAUAUUCAUGUCUCCAGCAAAAUAUGUGUCAUACAAACAUAUCAGUAGUGUUUUUUAUAGAAUUUAAUUCAUACACUCAAAACCAAUGUUUUUUGACACACUUGUAAAUUUCUAUUCAAUGGUAAGAUAUAAUAAUGUUAGUUAGAUAUUGAUGUUUAGAGUCUCUGUUCGGUUUGGAGGUUGGUUAUUGGUCCCACUUAAAAAUCGUUAAGGCUUUGAAUUUUAGCCCAUAGCUCCAAAAUAGCAAUUUCAUUCGAUACGCAAAAUACAUGUGACAUUGAAUUAGAAUUAGGAGUUCGCUCCCUUAUCAGAAGGUGGAAAUAAAACGGCAAACGGAAAAUGUAUUCUCUCAAGAUGCCUAUGUGAUCUUAUUUUUUAAGAAUAAUAUGUUGGUGCAGCUUAUGUUGUAUUCUGUUGUACUCAACGAUAUUUUGUUUUGGUAUUGAAAUACCCAGUGGGGAUAGCUGUAAUUUUUUUUAGAAAUUUAUCCAAAAAUAAGUCAGUUAUCGUUUGAACCACUGACAACAUUUCAUAUUAUUAAUUGAUUUUUUGUUGUCUCUUAUUCCAACGGCAUUAUGCGUUUAUCUUUAUUUGACUUCAAGACUGUAUUUUACUUUGAGGUUACUUUUGAAAAUUGAAAAAUAAUUAUACAACAAAAUAUUCUUUGCUUUAACAACGGGAUGUCUAAAUAUCGUAUCUAGUAAGUAUAAAUAUAAGAUCAUACGACAAGUUAAUGUUAAAAGGUUUAUAUCACUUCGCUGUUAAUAAUUCGGAAAUCAUAUUAUAUAAUAUAAAUACCUCUAAUACUUUGACGUUUGUAUGGGCAAGAGUGGACCACUAUGGUUUGAUCCUUGCUACUAUUUUAUCCGUGUUUCAAAGUGUAAUAACUCAUAAAUUGAGCAACACUGAGGGAGGGAAAUAUUAAUAUCGUUAAGAAAAAUAACAUUAAAAUGUUGGCAACAUUCAUUUUUGUAACAUUUUCUAGUCAUAUUAUUGGUAACUCUAAAUUUAAGAUCUGUUAAACUUUGUUUUGUAUAUUAUACUAACAUUGUCUUGUAUGAUAAAAUUACGCGUAUGCAAUAAAAUAUUACCAAAAAUGUACGUAAAUGUUACGAAACAUAGAUUGGCCAAUAAUUUGUAAUUUUAAUACUAUAUAUAUGUACAUAGCUGGUAUGUAUAGACGAUUAAGUAAGAUAGUCGUUAGUAAGACAACUUGAAUAUAAUAUGCUCUCUUUUUAAAACAUUUGAAAUUUGUCCAAAUUAGUUCAGCAUUUCCUGUCAAAUCAUGUCAUAGACAAUAUGUCAUUGUCACAUUUUUUUUAUAGAUUGUAUGCGAGGUUAUGAGCGGAUAAGCUAAACAGCGUUUGAUAGGCAACCAACAUAAGUUAGUGGCAAAAAAAAUAUAUUUUGUGUCUAUAAUUUAUCUGUGAUGUCUACUUUAGAGGUGAAUUGUAUUUGUUCAAGAAGUAUGCGGUUUGUCAGCCGAAUGUUGAAAUGGUCUUUUUUAAAUAAAAGGAUAUUGUCAUUUA